CACUACGUACUCGCCUUCCACGACCUGACUUACAGCGUCAAGCCGCCGAGGAGGUCAUUGUACCGGAACCGCGUUGUGGAGGCGAGCGACACGGGGACGGGUGUUCCUCACGCUCACGGCGAGGGCGUGAGAAUGAAGACGCUGCUCGAUGGCAUCUCCGGCGAGGCGAGGGAAGGAGAGAUCAUGGCCAUCCUAGGGUCGAGCGGUGCCGGCAAAAGCACGCUCAUCGAUGCGCUCGCUAACCGGAUCCAGCGCGAGAGCCUCCGCGGCACCGUCACACUCAACGGGGACGCCCUCGACAGCCGCCUGCUGAGAGUCAUCUCGGCGUACGUGAUGCAGGACGAUCUGCUACACCCCAUGCUCACCGUCGCCGAGACACUCAUGUACUCAGCGGAGUUUCGUCUCCCGCGCUCGCUCUCUCCCUCGAGGAAGCGGAGCCGCGUCGAGGCGCUCAUCGACCAGCUCGGCCUGCGCGCCGCGGCCAACACCAUCAUCGGUGACGAGGGCCGCCGCGGCGUGUCCGGUGGCGAGCGCCGGCGUGUGUCCAUCGGCAUCGACAUCAUCCACGACCCCAUCAUCUUGUUCCUAGACGAGCCCACGUCCGGGCUCGAUUCCACCAGCGCCUUCAUGGUGGUCAAGGUGCUGCAGCGCAUCGCGCGGAGCGGCAGCAUUGUGGUCAUGUCCAUCCACCAGCCGAGCUACCGCAUCCUCGGCCUCCUUGACCGUCUCUUGUUCCUCUCCCGCGGCCGGACGGUGUACUACGGCCCGCCGGCCACCCUGCCUCGCUUCUUCUCGGAGUUGGGCCAACCUAUCCCUGAUGGGGCGAACCCGGCGGAGUUGGCGCUAGAUCACAUACGCGAGCUGGAGGGCACCCGAGCUGGGCCCGAGGAGCUGGUGGAGUUAAGCAGGUCGUGGCAAGAGAAGACGCUCUCGGCGGGAAGCACGGCUCCCCUCCCGCUUAAGGAGGCCAUCGGAUUGAGCAUCGCCCGCGGCAAGCUUGUGUCCGGCUCCACGCCAAGCGAGGUGGCAACGUACGCGAACCCGUGGUGGGUGGAGGUGCGGGUGCUCAUGCGGCGAGGAUUCACCAACACGCGGCGCACGCCGGAGCUUUUCCUUUGGCGGUUCGGCACGGUGGUGGUUACUGCCUUCAUCCUGGCCACCAUUUUCUGGCGGCUGGACGACACGCAGAAGGGCGUGGACGAGCGGUUCAGCUUCUUCGUCAUCGCCAUCUCCACCAUGUUUUACACCAGCGCCGACGCGCUCCCGGUGUUCGUCAAGGAGCGCGACAUCUUUCUCCGGGAGACCGCGCACAACGCGUACCGCCGGUCGUCUUACACCCUGUGCAACACCAUCGUUUGUUUCCCGCCGCUAGCCGUGCUCUCCCUCGCCUUCGCGGCCAUCACCUUCUUCGCCGUGGGGUUGGCCGGUGGUGCCGAGGGCUUUGUCUUCUUCGUCCUCAUCGUGUUCGCCUCCUUUUGGGCGGGGAGCGGGUUCGUGACAUUCCUGUCCGGCGUGGUCCCGCACGUGAUCCUCGGCUACACCGUAGUGGUGGCCGUCCUAGCAUGCUUCCUGCGCUUCAGCGGCUUCUACAUCACGCGAGACCGCAUCCCGGACUACUGGAUAUGGUUCCACUACAUUUCGCUGGUAAAGUACCCAUACGAGGCGGUAAUGCACAAUGAGUUUGGCGCCGACCAAGACAAAUGCUUUACGCGAGGAGCGCACAUGUUCGACGGGACGCCCAUGGCCAAGCUGCCUAUGGAGACCCAGCUUAACGUGCUCAACACUAUGGGGGUCAACUUCAACAGCACAUCGUGCAUCACGACGGGGGCGGACAUCCUGGCGAAGCAGGCCGUGGACCAACUCGGCAAGUGGGGCUGCCUGUGGGUCACUGUGGCCUGGGGGUUUCUCUUCCGGGUCUUCUUCUACCUCACGCUCGUGCUUGGUAGCAAGAAUAAACGGAGGUGA